AAUUCAAAAUAUUUUCUCUUUGCAGAUAUCAGAACACCAGCCAUAUUUAGCGCGCUUGGUCCCACGGGAGCCUCUGUUCCAGCGGAACUUCAAGAUCCCGAUAGCUUCAGUGAAAUCGAUCUGCAUUCGAAUGCCGAAUCACUGAACAGUGCCAGUCAACCUGCUCCAGUUGAGUAUAACCCUCUGUUGGAUCUCGAAGAUACAGAAUCUCGAAGUAGUGAACAAAAUUCUUCGUAUCUUCAGCAAACAUCCAACAUAACUGCCCAAUUUGCUGCACAACUACCGAACGUUGCGUCAACGGUGUUUUCUACCUUCAGUAGAGUGAUACGAGGGACAUCGCCGGGAGUUCAACAAUCUUCGAAUCCGGGAGGCGUACAACCAGCAUCCACUAGUGUUUCUCCUCCCGAAUAUCCGCAGCCGCAGUCGCAGAAUUUUUACCCACAGCCGUAUAGUUUAGGAGCAGUACAGCCAGAGGAGUUAACUCAGCAGCCACUUCCUCCGCCGCCCACGUUUUUCAACCCGCAAACUGUUGGGUCAGCCCAGCAAAACCCGGGAACUGCACCACCAACUGCAGAAGGAAUCAAUAGUUACCGACUCGGAGGAAAUAAGAAGAAAGCGUACGCUCACAUUCCUGGUUUGAGUUCGGCUGGACCACCAUCUCUAGUGGUAGCUCCGGCUCUCAAUAACAACAACAACAACCAAGACUUAGGUGCGUUUCCUCCGGUAUCGGAGCCAUUACAUGUCGCAUCAGCACAACAAAACUCGACACCGAAGAUAGGUUUUUCAUUCUUCGAGAAGAUACCGAGCCUGCUAGAGAAAAUCCCUAAACCUGUAUUUACGAACAACUCUGAGCAGCAAAGUAAACCACCAGAGGUUGUUCCUCAUCCGACAGAUUAUUUCAACCAACAAUCUGCGACGAUACCUGCACCAACCGAUUGUUUCAAUCGCUUGCUUGAACCCGAAACUUCCUUACCUCCGCCACAAGAAUCAUUUGUACGAGAAGCUCCCUUGCAACCUGAAAGUAGUUUGCCACCGCCACAAUUUUUCACACCUGCUCAAAUACCGAACGUAGCUCAUCUUCCUCAGACUCAACCUCCGAAGAAUCCAUACAGUUCAAACAGAAUAAGUCGAGGUGUGGGGCUGUAUAAAAAUCGAACGACCUCAACGGGUAAUAGCACUAUACCAACCUAUCUACCCAACCAAGAGCCACCGAAGGCAGUUCCACCUGCCUUUCCAUCGGUUGGUUCUGCGGUCAAUCCUGGCGAGUCAGUACAGCACCAACCGAUUUCAGUUUUUAACCCAACUCCAAUUCAAUUACAAUCAGUUCAGAACCAGGCCAUCCUAACACCCCAGUCGACUAGCGAUAGGCCUUCAACAACUGACACUGCAAUCACUAAUUCACGACCACCAUCAUCACUGAGUGAAUCACUUAGUCGAAAGGUUAAUCCGUUUGCUUCCUUUGAACAAUCUGUUGGGUCGUCACAACAAGAGACAAAAACUAUCCUAGAAAGUCGAUCGAAAUCGAGCGAAAACGUUCUAUCCCCGCCACCGAGACCCAAUUCAAAUCUUAGCGAACCGGCGCUAUUCAGUGAAGCAACGACACGAACAAUACCUUUGAGUAUUUUUAACCCCGAACCUACAGUUCCGUUGAGUGAACCUUUGCCGCUACGACAGGAAUCAGUUAAUUUCUUCAACCCUGCCAACUUUGCAACAAAUCAGCCACCAGAAAGACCUUAUGUUGCAAAUAAUGUACAAGAAACAAACCUGCUAACACAGACAGUGUUACCCAGCACGGUUGUUUUUGACAAACCUGAUCAAUUUCCACAGGAAGCUACGUCUUUCUCGGAUCAGGAAUUUAUAGGAAAUAAACAAUAUCCUACGGAUUCGUUAGCUUCACAAACAACUUCGCAACCCGCAGUGCCUGUAAACUUUUUCAAUCCCGUUAAUCCUGUCAUACAAACAAAACCUCAAUCAUCUGUAAAUUUCUUCAACCCUGCUCAAAUAUUGCAGCAACCAACAACCGUUGCUCCACCGCUAAAUAUUCCACCCUCUGGAAUUUCAAAAACCUAUAACCUACAGAAAACUAGAAGAAGUGCAUACACAGUUCCGCCAAGUUUGGCUACGACCCAACCUUCGUCCACUCUCAACACUUUGCCACAAACCGCUCCUCUAACGGAACCGAACCUCAUUCCGGCACAACAAACUUUCUUCAAUCCAAUAUCUCAACAGCAGCAACCGCAUCCUCAUCCUUCGUCCAAUAAUCCGUUGACAUUGUACAAUCCAAGCACAAUUUCUACGCAUCAGCCAGCUGCACCAGCAUCGCAAGAUAUCAACGCCAAUUUAUCUUCCGUUUUUCAACAAUCAACAACACCGAUCUUAUACUCAUCGACCUCUCAGCAGGACAUCAACUACAAUUCUUUACCCUCGGUAACAAACUUCUUCAGUGAUACCGUUCCUCAACAAAAGUCUGAGAUUAGAAACGAUCUCAACGCCAAUUUUUGCAAUCUCCAGUUGAGCGACAUAUCUUCGACAGCGCCAAGAACCACAAUCGACGCAUCGAGUUUCUUCAACAGCGGAGUUCCAUCUUCGGUAAAGCCCAACCAGCAACCACCGUCAGCCACCACGGGGCAAACUAUUUCGCAAGUACCAAUUUUCAACUUCUUUGGGCAGCCCACCCCGGCUGACAGAGCAACCGAAGAAACCGAUACGAUUGGUUCCGUUGAAAAGCUUCAAACAGACGACGACCUAGGGAUACAGGUCAUCGAACCGGACCACCGCGAUCAGCAGGAAUUAGAGGAGCAGGGGCAGGAUUCGGACGAACAGGAAACCAAUCGUCGAGAGCAGAACAACCUAAACGAUAGCCAGCUGGUCGACGACCGGGACGACGAUCCUGUCGGAAGGGUUCGGAUUGGAAACGCGCCCGAGCCAAUUUUCAGUAGCGACAAUUUGUUUGAAUUUAAAAAGUCUCUUCUGGAAGACGACACCUACUCGAAGGACGUCCUCAUAGACGCAAACAGUAGCAGUAUGGCGGCAAUGACAGCAACUGCAGCAGCGGCCACCGGAGGUACUACGGUCGUUGAUAGUUCGAUGACCUCGAUCAAUGAAACGACAAACAUUGCAUACCGACCCGUGUAUCAACAUUGGUUCUUUAGACGAGAGGUCGAGACUAAGAUUCUUUGGACUCCGUUCACAAUGAGUGAUUCGCUUGCCUUGGAAGACGCUCUACCUUUGCUAGCGUCGCCAGAUCAACCAGAUCAACCUAGGAGUUCUGUAAUAGUUCAUGUGGACGGAGGGCGACACGAUGUGAACAUUGAAGAACGUAAAAUGUACCCCGUUUAUUGGAAAGGCGCAUCUCAGGAUGUGCGUCGAUGUUCGUGGUUCUACAAAAAUGUGGACUCUCGGUAUGUUCCAUACGAAGAAGACGUAGCUGAUCUUUUAGAACGAGAGUACAAAGAAGCUGCAACAUCCGGUGAAUGGCAACGCCGUAUCGUUAUUCCUAAUGGAGAGACCGUUGUAUUCCAUGGACCUUCAGUGAUUGUUCACUUUUUACAGACGCAGAAUCCAGAAUCUUGGGGCGGCUCAUCGCCUGUACCGCAGACCACUAAUCGACCACGUGUCGUGAAGCGAGGAGUCGAUGAGUUCAAUAUAGAAGACGGCGAACCGGAACAAAUUGAUCAUCUGUUAUUUAUGGUACACGGAAUUGGCGAGGCUUGCGACUUGCGAUUCCGACCGGUUGAGGAAGUGGUCGAUGAGUUCCGCAGUAUCUCGGCACAACUCGUUCAAAGUCAUUAUCGGUCAUCGUUCGAUCGCGGAGAUAUUGGGCGCGUUGAGGUGUUGCCAAUUUCCUGGCACAAUGAUCUACAUUCGGAGGAAUCUGGAAUUGAUAAAAAACUCAAAGCUAUCACCUUGAAGUCGAUUCCUAAGCUGCGCAAUUUCACUAACGACACCGUACUAGAUGUGCUGUUCUACACAAGUCCUGUUUUCUGCCAGAGCAUUAUCGAUGCUGUCGGUAAUUCGUUAAACCGGCUUUAUUCGCUAUUCUGCCAGAGAAAUCCAAAUUUUCGAGGUCGCGUUUCCUUGGCGGGCCAUUCUCUGGGUUCUUUGAUACUUUUCGAUCUGCUGUGCCAUCAAAAGCCCGAAAAGCCCAUGGAAGCAGAGAAUUCUGAAAAUCCCGAUGGUGACAAACUGUCGGCCUUGAUGAACGUGCACCAUCGCCCACUGUCGCGCAAAUGCUCCCAACAGAUUAACUACGAAGUUGGUCCAGCUGGCACCGGUCAGCCCUAUAUUACCUAUCCACAGCUGCAGUUUCAACCAGCCAAAUUUUUCGCGUUGGGCUCCCCGAUUGGGAUGUUUGUGACGGUACGAGGAAUCGACGCACUAGGGUUAGACUUCAAACUACCGACGUGCGAUAGUUUCUUCAAUAUAUUUCAUCCGUAUGAUCCGGUGGCGUAUCGAAUCGAAGCUCUGGUCAACGCCGAGCUGAGCAAUCUCAGACCGGUACUGAUUCCACAUCACAAGGGACGUAAACGAAUGCACCUGGAAUUGAAAGAAACCAUGAUGCGCGUUGGGAUGGAUUUGAAGCAGAGAGUUUUGGACACGUUCCGUAAUACAAUGGAGGCUGUUUAUUCGAUUACAUCCCUGAACAAACCUGAUCGAAAUGCAAUCGAACAAGAAGUGGACAAGGUGAUCGAAGAUCAACUGAAAUUUGAAACGGGAUCUACUUCGUCGGUCACAUCUGGUGAUUUGGAUGGAUGUGAAACAGACUUGCCCUUGGGUCGUUUGAAUCAAUCACGACGGAUAGAUUAUGUUCUACAGGAAGCGCCAUUGGAAUUUAUUAACGAAUAUGUAUUUGCGCUAACGAGUCACGUUUGUUAUUGGGAAUCCGAGGACACUAUGUUAUUCCUGAUGAAGGAAAUAUACUCCAGCAUGGGAGUGCAGAGCGAUAGUCAAAUUCCUCAACAAUCGAUGACUAUCGAGCGACCAGUCACCAGUCCAACACCGUCGACUUCGUCUCAAUCUCAGUUUAGUUUGUUUCCCCAGAGACAGCCGACUGGGUGUAACCGAUAGGUAUAAAUCUAUGGAAUAGAUGUUCAGUUUAAUUUAUAUUUUCCAUAUAUUUUUUUAAUUGUUUUAUUGUUGACAUUUUUUCUUUAAUAUAUGUAACUGCUAGCCUUACAUUUUCUUUUCUUUGUACCCUAUGAGUGGUGUCGUAGUCAUUGAGUUAUAAGUAUAUCAAGUGACGUUUAACGUUUACUAUGACCAAUUAAAAGUGCAUACGCUCUGAGGUAAAUUUAUUGAAAUCCUGUAUGAACAUGAUUUACCACUUAUAAAUAAAAUUGUAUUCGUUAAUCCGUUUUCUUAAGCUGAAGUAGUGAAUUAGUUGACGUUUAGAAAUAAAACAUUGAUCAAUGUUUCUCGAUGUAAGAUAAUAAAAUAAUGUAAGAAGAUUUUUAUGUAUAAA